AUGUUAGUAUCGGAUAAAUCCUCAACAAAUGAAUGCAGUUUUAAUCUCAAACCAAUUGCCAGUCCGGGACUGGAGUUAUCGGCCGCUAAUGAGUUGAGCAUUGUUUUCCUGACGCGAUGGGCAGCUGUCGAUACAUUAGCGCAAAUAAAGUUGAGAUUUAUAAUUAUGGUAAAUACGGUUAACAGCACUAUACCGGCACAGAUACGGGCCGAUACAUAUAUAGGGAGGGGUGGGUUCGGUCAAGUAUAUCGAGUGAGGCAUACAAUUGAAAAUCAGGUGUAUGCGGUCAAAAUUGUUAAGUUCCUUGACACUUAUGACGACCACAAACAACGGGAUAUAGUGAAAGAGGUGCAAAACUUGGUAAAAUUGCGCUCAGAAUAUGUGGUCAAUCACCGCAACUCCUGGCGCGAAGACAAUCAACUGUACAUUCAAAUGGACUAUUACUCACAAAAUCUACAGUCAAUUAUCGAUAACAAACACCUCGUUUUUGGGCGACAACAGGAAAACGUGAUGAAUAUAUUUGAAUAUUUCAUUUUGUGCGAAAUAUUCAAAGAACUGUUGGAAAGUGUGAAAUAUUUACACGAUUUGUGUCCACCGGUUAUCCAUCGGGAUCUCAAGCCAUCAAAUGUGUUGAUCUCACAAAAUAAUAACGAUAAUCGGUUCGUAAGGUUGUGUGACUUUGGUUCGGCCACUUUUCACGACAUGACAUCCAUGAGCCACACAACUAAUAUUGCCGACGAUCGGCCGACCAGUGGUCAAGUGCUCGACGACUAUAAUCAGUGUUGUGGUUAUUAUCACUCACUUGUGUUGACCGGCGCUCAUUGUGUCUACGGAUGGGGUAAUAAUACUUAUGGCCAGUUGGGUUGCGGUGUACAGAACUGGAAUGACAAACCUAUUUCCUAA